CGGCGGGCUGGCGGCGGGGCAGCCGAGCUAUCUGGCCGCUCGGCGCCGCGGGCCCACGCCGCAGUGUGUUUUGUGGACGGCGCCUUCGCAGACAGCCCCCCGUGGACGGAGCCCGGCUUGGCAGCCCGCAGCCCUGGACGCGAUGUUCCGCCGGACCUUGAAUCGCCUGUGCGCUGGAGAAGAGAAACGAGUUGGUACACGCACAGUAUUUGUUGGCAAUCAUCCCAUUUCAGGAACAGAAGCUUACAGUGCACAAAGAUUUUGUGAUAAUAGAAUAGUCUCCUCUAAGUAUACACUUUGGAAUUUCCUCCCAAAGAAUUUGUUUGAACAGUUUAGAAGAAUUGCAAAUUUUUAUUUUCUCAUCAUUUUCCUUGUACAGGUCACAGUAGACACACCAACCAGCCCAGUUACCAGUGGACUUCCACUUUUCUUUGUUAUAACUGUUACAGCAAUCAAGCAGGGAUAUGAAGAUUGGCUUAGACACAGAGCUGAUAAUGAAGUUAACAAAAGCACUGUUUACAUUAUUGAAAAUGCAAAACGAGUGAGAAAAGAAAGUGAAAAAAUCAAGGUUGGUGAUGUAGUAGAAGUACAGGCAGAUGAAACCUUUCCCUGUGAUCUUAUUCUUCUGUCGUCCUGCACAACUGAUGGAACUUGUUAUGUCACUACAGCUAGUCUUGAUGGUGAAUCUAAUUGUAAGACACAUUAUGCAGUACGAGAUACCAUAGAACUGUGUACAGCCGAAUCCAUUGAUAACCUCCGAGCAGCAAUUGAAUGUGAACAGCCUCAACCUGACCUCUACAAGUUUGUUGGGCGAAUCAGUAUCUUUAGUAAUAGUAUUGAGUCUGUUGCCAGAUCUUUGGGACCUGAAAAUCUUUUGCUGAAAGGAGCUACACUUAAAAAUACCAAGAAGAUAUAUGGAGUUGCUGUUUACACUGGGAUGGAAACCAAAAUGGCUUUGAACUACCAAGGGAAAUCUCAGAAACGUUCUGCUGUUGAAAAAUCUAUUAAUGCCUUCUUGAUUGUUUAUUUAUUCAUCUUACUGACCAAAGCUGCAGUAUGCACAACUCUAAAGUAUGUGUGGCAAAGUACUCCCUACAAUGAUGAACCUUGGUAUAAUCAAAAGACUCAAAAGGAACGGGAAACUUUUAAGGUUUUGAAAAUGUUCACCGACUUUUUAUCAUUCAUGGUUCUCUUCAACUUUAUUAUUCCUGUCUCCAUGUAUGUCACAGUAGAAAUGCAGAAAUUUUUAGGCUCAUUUUUUAUUUCAUGGGAUAAAGACUUUUUUGAUGAAGAAAUUAAUGAAGGAGCCUUAGUUAACACAUCAGACCUUAAUGAAGAACUUGGUCAGGUGGAUUAUGUAUUUACAGAUAAGACUGGAACACUCACUGAAAAUAGCAUGGAAUUCAUUGAAUGCUGCAUUGAUGGACACAAAUAUAAAAGCACAACUCAGGAAGUUGAUGGAUUGUCUCAAACUGAUGGGCCCUCAGCCUUUUUUGAUAAAGCAGAUAAGAACCGGGAGGAGCUCUUUCUGCGUGCCCUGUGUUUAUGUCACACUGUAGAAAUUAAAACAAAUGAUGCUGUUGAUGGACCUACAGAAGCAGCUGAAUUCACCUAUAUCUCCUCCUCACCAGAUGAAAUAGCUUUGGUGAAAGGAGCAAAAAAGUUUGGGUUCACAUUUUUGGGAAAUUGGAAUGGACAUAUACGAGUAGAGAACCAAAGAAAAGAAAUAGAAGAGUAUAAACUUCUCCACACCUUAAAUUUUGAUUCUAUCCGCCGACGUAUGAGUGUAAUUGUGAAGACCCAAGGAGGAGAUAUAUUACUUUUUUGUAAAGGAGCAGAUUCAUCAGUUUUUCCCAGGGUGCAUAACCAUGAAAUUGAGUUAACCAAAGCCCAUGUGGAACGUAAUGCAAUGGAUGGGUAUCGGACUCUUUGUGUAGCCUUCAAAGAAAUUGCUCCAGAUGAUUUUGAAAGAAUUAAUACACAACUAAUAGAGGCAAAAAUGGCCCUACAGGAUAGAGAAGAAAAACUGGAAAAGAUUUUUGAUGAGAUUGAGACAAAUAUGAAUUUAAUUGGAGCCACUGCUGUGGAAGACAAGCUGCAAGAUCAGGCUGCAGAGACCAUUGAAGCUCUGCAUGCAGCUGGCUUGAAAGUCUGGGUGCUUACUGGAGACAAGAUGGAAACAGCCAAAUCCACGUGCUAUGCCUGCCGCCUUUUCCAAACCAAUACUGAGCUCCUGGAACUGACCACAAAAACCAUUGAAGAAAGUGAAAGGAAAGAAGAUCGAUUACAUGAAUUGUUAAUAGAAUAUCGUAAGAAGUUACUGCAUGAAUUUCCUAAAAGCACUAGAAGCCUUAAAAAAGCAUGGACAGAACAUCAGGAAUAUGGAUUAAUCAUUGAUGGCUCCACAUUGUCACUAAUACUAAAUUCUAGUCAAGACUCUAGUUCAAACAACUAUAAAAGUAUUUUCCUGCAAAUCUGUAUGAAAUGUACUGCAGUGCUCUGCUGCCGGAUGGCACCAUUACAAAAAGCCCAGAUUGUCAGAAUGGUGAAGAACUUGAAAGGCCGCCCUAUAACACUGUCAAUAGGUGAUGGUGCCAAUGAUGUCAGUAUGAUUUUGGAAUCUCAUGUGGGAAUAGGUAUUAAAGGAAAAGAAGGUCGUCAAGCAGCCAGGAAUAGUGAUUAUUCUGUUCCAAAAUUUAAACAUUUAAAGAAACUGCUAUUGGCUCAUGGACAUCUAUAUUAUGUGAGAAUAGCACAUCUUGUUCAAUAUUUCUUCUAUAAGAACCUUUGCUUCAUUUUGCCACAGUUUUUGUACCAAUUCUUCUGUGGAUUCUCACAACAGCCACUCUAUGAUGCUGCGUAUCUUACAAUGUACAAUAUCUGUUUCACAUCCCUGCCCAUCCUGGCCUACAGUCUACUGGAACAGCACAUCAACAUUGAUACUCUGACCUCAGACCCUCGAUUGUAUAUGAAAAUUACUGGCAAUGCUAUGUUACAGUUGGGGCCCUUCUUAUAUUGGACAUUUCUGGCUGCCUUUGAAGGGACGGUAUUCUUCUUUGGAACUUACUUCCUUUUUCAGACUACAUCCUUAGAAGACAAUGGAAAGAUAUAUGGAAACUGGACAUUUGGGACCAUUGUUUUUACAGUCUUAGUAUUCACUGUAACUCUGAAGCUCGCCUUGGAUACCCGAUUCUGGACAUGGAUAAAUCACUUUGUGAUUUGGGGUUCUUUAGCCUUUUAUGUUUUUUUCUCAUUCUUCUGGGGAGGAAUUAUUUGGCCUUUUCUGAAACAACAGAGAAUGUAUUUUGUGUUUGCUCAAAUGCUGUCUUCUGUAUCCACAUGGUUGGCCAUAAUUCUCCUAAUAUUUAUCAGCCUUUUCCCUGAGAUUCUCCUAAUAGUAGUAAAGAAUGUACGAAGAAGAAGUGCCAGGAGCAAUCUGAGCUGUAGAAGGGCAUCUGACUCAUUAUCCGCCAGACCUUCUGUCAGACCUCUUCUUUUACGAACAUUCUCAGACGAGUCUAAUAUAUUGUAACAGAAUCCGAAUCUUGAACUGCCCAUGUUGUUGUCCUACAAGCAUAUUGACUGUGGUUGCAGCUAAAGAAAGAAAGCAUGAAGGAACAACUACAAAAGAUAUUAACUCAGGAUACUCAAUAUGCAACAAAAACCACUCUCAUGUGUAGGGUUCAGAAUAAAUGUCCAUUAAAAUACCAAAUAACUCUCCUAACCAUUUACAGUUAUUGUAAGUAGCCAUUAUGGCCAAAGUUAAGAAUUAUAUGAAAGUUUAAAGUAAGCAUACUUAGAAUUCUGGAUUUAGAUAGAAUAAUGUAACUAUGAAAUGGGUGCUCUUUUAACCCAUUGACUUUGUGAAUGGAUUUAAACAUAGUAGUAUAAAGUAGAAGUCAUGCAAUGGGAAUGAACAGAUUUUGCUAAUACAGUGUUACUUUUUUGCCUGGCAAAAGACAUAGGCUGUUGGUAUCACAUUUCUUGUUCCUGCUGAAUGCUUAUCUUAUUUUUUUCCACAUACAAAAGGAAUACUUGAAAAUACAGAAGGACUAAAUGAUAUUACUGCAUCAGACAAAAUAAUUCAUCUUCUAUUCAAUCAUAGGCUAAUUGUCUUGGUCUAAUAUCCUUUCCAAAAAAUACCUUGAAAAUAUUGUGCGAUACUGUUAAUUCCAGGUAUUAUUGUAGAAAAGGGGUUGGAAAAGGUUAUUUGGUGUGUUUUCUUCUGAAUUACACACCACUUAUGUAUUUAAGAUGACUAAACUUGAAAAUAAAAUACUUUGGUCACUUGGGUAAUAGCCCCUCAAAAGUUAAGCAAUAAAAGGUAUUUCCAGUGUCAAUUUUGCUGGGUAAUGAGGUAAGAAGGGUUAAAUAUAUAAAAAUAAAUGCCAUUCUUAACAUCGGCAUUUUAUAAUUCUGUGUGGCAAAGAGGUGAAGCAUAGCUUAUUUUAAACUACUAACGGUUUUUAUUUGAAAGAGGUUGUAUUUGUGCAUAUAUACAGCACUUUUUUUAAGUUACCAAUUUGGUAGGGGAGAGAUUCAUUCCAAAACUAUUCAGUAGCUUGUAGAGGCAUGGCUCUUUGGACAUGAAUGUUGUCUCCUAUAGCUAACUGGGACAGGCGAGUGGUCUAAUUCUGAACUGUGAGAUGGGCUUGGUAAGAUUCUCAAACUUCUGGACAACAAAGAGGUUUUAACCCCUAAUAGUUCACUUAAAACAUGAAGUCUUUAUUUGAUAGAAAGACUACAUUUGAAAGCGAGACUAAAAUAAUAUUUAAAAAAAUAUUUUUCUAUCAGUUUCCAACUUCUUUUGUCUUCUGACAUUCUUGUACUGUUUGAUGUUUAUAUUGUACCUUGAUUUAGCAAAGUAUUGCAUUCUUUCUAUUCCAGUAUAUUUAUAUAGUCCAUACGGCACAUUUGAUUCUUCCAUCUAUAUUGUGUUGAUAUUUAGAUGUAAUUUUUCUUGAAUUCUAAAAAAGUCAUAAUUUCAAUUAUCAGAAACCAUUCCAUAAUUACUUAAUUUGUUUUCAUCUAUCAGUAUUAUUUUUGAGUGUUUUGUUAGGUGUCAUUCACAGCUUAAAUGUGCUGUGUGCUCUUGUAGCCUGUAUUUGAGGUGGUCUGCUGAAAGCAAAGUCUUUCUAUUCUUUGCCUAUUCCAAAGAGCUAAAACAUCUAACCCAGGAAAGCUUUGCUACUUUGUUAUUGUUGUCGUCAUUGUUGUUGCUGCUGUAUUAUUAUUUUACAUCAGAACUAUAAGGACUGUGAAUAGCUGUAAGAGCCAAAUAGAGAGGCCUAGUUAAUGAAGAACGACUGAGGAGUUAAUAUAUAUCUGGAUAUCCAGGAUAGUAGAUAAUAAAACUGAAUAUAUGUGACAUGUUGCAGUGGAGGGAAAUCUGGAUAAGCAAGUGAGGGGUAUUUAGAGUCAUGUCUCAGACAAAUUACAUUGUACACUGCAGCUCAAAUCAGAGGAACCUGGGUUUGCUUUUUGAAAGAUUUUUACUAAAGAUCUAAAACAUGGCUAACAUGGGAUUAGCAGAUGAAGUGACUUGAAAUGAGCCAUCCAGUAUUCCUAGCACUGCAGUCUAACCACUCCUAUAUCAGAAGAGGGCAAGAAAUCAGUUUUUAAAAAAAGAAAGAAAGAAAACCAGUAGGACCAUAUUACCAUAAAUAGAAUGAUUUUUGAAUGAUCAAAAUGUCCAUGUAAUUUUCCAAACUGUUGUCUUUUGUUUGAGGGUGUUGCCUAUUAAACAGAAAAUAUUCAUUCCAUAUCUACUACAUAUACACCAGCAACAGUAUAAAUGUAAGCCUAAAUUUGCAAAAGUCAUAAUUUAGUGAUGGAAUUUUUUAAUAAUAUGCAGUAUAUAAAUGUGCAGAUUUUAUGCAGAUGUUGAUAAAAUCAUUUUUCAGCUUGUAAAAUGGAACUGCAAUAUUACAUUUUUCAAUUUUUUACAUCUACUUUGUUGCUUUCUAAAAUGAACGUGAAUGCCAUCUUUUAUGAAUGCAACUUGCCUUUUUCAUUACAGAAAUUUUCGUCUCAUGUAAUCAAUAAACUUUGGUAUGAUAUGAUUAA